AUACUGUUACAGUAAUUCUUUUAGUCCAAAGUGAUUGACCGGAGUCGUUUUUGGUUGCCGGAGACUGUUGUCAAUUUCCCACAUAAUUCCACUCUCAGUGAUUGUAAGCAUGUCUGAUACUGCUGGAAAGCCAAUUAAGUGUAGAGCUGCCGUUGCCUGGGAGGCUGGCAAACCACUUAGCAUUGAAGAGGUGGAGGUUGCCCCGCCCAAGGAGGGAGAAGUUCGCAUCAAGGUUGUAGCGACAGGUGUUUGUCAUACAGACGCCGGUACCCUGAGUGGCACCGAUCCCGAGGGUAAAUUCCCCUGUAUCCUCGGUCAUGAAGGAGGUGGGAUCGUCGAAAGCGUUGGCCCAGGGGUGACGUCGGUCGCAGUGGGGGACCAUGUUGUACCACUCUACGUUCCGCAGUGCAGGAAGUGCAAGUUUUGCUUGAGCCCCAAAACCAAUCUGUGCCAGGUUAUCAGGGUGACUCAAGGCAAGGGGCAGAUGCCAGAUGGUACAACACGCUUUACCUGUAAGGGGCAAGACGUAGUGCACUUCAUGGGAACAUCCACCUUUAGCGAGUACACCGUGGUUGCGGAGGUUUCAGUCGCCAAGGUAGACAAGGCUGCCCCAUUGGAUAAGGUGUGUCUCUUAGGAUGUGGGAUAUCGACUGGUUACGGAGCUGUCCUCAACACUGCAAAGGUUGAGGCAGGAGCAACCUGUGCUGUGUGGGGUCUUGGGUGCGUUGGUCUGGCCGCUAUCAUGGGAUGUAAAGCCAUUGGUGCCUCCAAGAUUAUCGCCAUCGAUAUAAACCCAGACAAAGAAGCUAUAGCUAAGGAGUUUGGCGCCACCGAUUUUGUGAACCCCAAGAAGUUGGACAAGACCUUACAAGAGGUUCUUAGUGAGAUGACGGACGGGGGAUUGGAUUAUACAUUCGAGUGUAUCGGAAAUAUCCACACUAUGCGCCAAGCCCUAGAGUGCUGCCAUAAGGGGUGGGGUGUGUCUACUAUCAUUGGUGUAGCAGGGGCUGGCCAAGAAAUCUCAACACGCCCAUUUCAACUAGUCACCGGGCGUGUCUGGAAGGGAACUGCCUUUGGAGGAUACAAAAGUCGCGACAGCGUUCCCAAGUUAGUUGACGAUUACCAAGCUGGCAAGUUGAAGGUGGACGAGUUCAUAACGCACCAUGUCGACUUUGAUCAAAUCAACGAGGCAUUUGACCUACUUCACGCUGGCAAAAGCAUUCGCACCAUUGUGCAUUUCAAGUAGGAGGCGGCGACAACGAUAUCUGCUGAGCAGGCAUGGGCCAAUUUCAUAGAUCUGCUUAAGCAAAAAAUACUGCUUACAAAAUUAAGCAAGCAGAAUAUCAGCCACAGAUAGUACCUGUGAUAUUGUAUUUUGGUUGGUAACUUCAUUCUGGUAAGCAUAAUUAUUUUGUGGUUAGCCACUUUGUUUUGCUUAAGCUCUUUGACAUUUGGCCCAGAUGACUCCCCAGUUUCACACUACAUGUAUAUUUGUUAUGUAAUUUCUUGAAAAGAAAAUUAACUUUGAUUUGAUAUCUAUGAUGUCAUUAUAAAUUAACAACCAAAUCAUUCUUGAAAAUAGAGCAAAUCUCAAAAAAUAUUCCUCAGAUUGUAGCAUCAUUUCAUUGUGUUUCUGUAGUAAAAAAAAA